CGCGUUGGCAAUUUCCUAAACAUAGCCCACGCAGCCUAGUUACCUCAGUUAGUAUUAUCUGAGGCCCUGUUACUGGAAGGUGUGCUUUUCGUUGUAUGUUACACCGGGUCGAAGGUGAUUUUCUGAGACAGAGGACGAGACACCGCUUUGAUAUGAGCAGGGUUCCCUGACAUGGACACAGAGAUGAUUCCUAAAUUUUCUUCAAAGGAUGAGGAGGUUGAUUACUGGAAGUCAAAAGCCCUUAAAUAUAAGAAAAGUUGCCAAGAUGCCCAGGAAGAACUUCAGGAGUUCCAGGAGGGGAGUCGGGAACUGGAGGCUGAGUUGGAAGCACAGCUUAGCCAGGCUGAACACAGACUUCGAGAUUUACAAACUGAAAAUGAGAGACUGAAGAACGAGGUGUCCAACUUUAAGGAGAAGCUGGAGCAGCAGUAUGCCCAGAGUUACAAGCAGAUUUCCAUGUUAGAAGAUGACCUGGGGCAGACACGCAGCAUAAAAGAGCAGCUACACAAAUAUGUUCGAGAACUUGAACAAGCCAAUGAUGACCUGGAGAGAGCAAAAAGGGCAACAAUAGUGUCUCUUGAAGACUUCGAGAGCCGUUUGAACCAGGCGAUUGAGAGAAAUGCCUUCUUGGAGAGUGAGUUGGACGAGAAGGAAUCUCUUCUGGUGUCUGUACAGAGGCUGAAAGACGAAGCACGAGACCUGAGACAGGAGUUGGCGGUACGGGAACGGGCAACAGACAGGAUGUCAGCACCCAGCUCACCCACCUUAGACAUCGACAAGAUAGAUUCUGCAGUACAGGCCUCUUUGUCCCUCCCAGCAACACCUGUAGGAAAGGCUGUAGAUCACCCUUUUGUCAGUCCUAAAGCAUUAACCAACGGCUGUGAUCGCUCCGCCCUCACCCCUUCUGCUAGAAUCUCAGCUCUUAAUAUCGUUGGAGACCUCCUGAGAAAAGUUGGAGCUUUAGAGUCCAAACUUGCCGCUUGUAGGAACUUCGCCAAAGACCAGGCAGCAAGAAAAAAUUAUUCCACAGACAAGGGAACACUCAUCAAAAGCAAUGCUACAAAGUUCUCUCACUCUCUACAUACCACUUACUUCGACAACACCACCGUUAACGGGUUGGAUCCCAGCACCCUGACUUCCAUGGCGUCAUCCAGAGCUGUGUCUCCACCAGGCAUGUUGCCUUUAAGUGUCUGAGGGAUCCAGUGGCAAUGCAAACCCCUGCUGAAAUGCUGCUCUACCCAAUAGAGUAUGUCAGCGGAGGACACCUGUGCUACUGUAUGUGUGUGUGUGUGAGUGUUUGUGUGUGUUUGAGAGCAAGGGUGCUGAAAAGGGAGGGUGAUGUGUUCUUGCCUGUGUGGAGGUGCGCAUGUUUGAGUUUGAUGCGUGAAAGAAAGGCUUGACAAAAACAAUCAACUUGCCUCCAGGUUGCAGCUUGAAGUGCAUCUGUGAGUAGGUGCACAGCCUUUUGUGCAUAUGUUCUUACUACAUGCAUGCAUGUGCCUAAAGCUUUCUUACUGUGCUUGUAUGACUGUCAUUGCAAUGCAUCACUCUUGAGAUCAGCUUUAAAGUUGACUGAAUUACAAUGGCAAUUCUACAACUCAUCCAAAAACAUUUAUCUCUGACAAAAGGUCCUCAACAGACCACAGCUUCCUUUAAACUUCCUUUCUUCUUGUAUUUUCUCUUAAAUUGCACAGUUAAAAUAACUUCUAUUUAGAAUGUAUGAUAUUUAAAAAGGGAUAUGUUAAUAUUAAUUUAUCUCAGUAUGCUUUGAAAUGCAAUUUUUCCUGUUUGCUGUUUUUUUUUUUGGUUUUUUUUUUGCAUGUGUGCAUUAUGCGUGGUUGAAGUAUGGGUGGACCCCGUAUUCAUUAGAAUGACCGAAGUGAAUGUUGAUUGUUCAAAGCCAUGUAGCUGUAUUUCAGUAUGAUUUUUUAUUUUUUAUUUUUUUUGGUUACUGGCUGAAGUAGUCUCAGAAAGCUCAGCUGGUUUUUUUUUUUGUUUUUUUUUUUGUUUUUUUUUUUUCCUCUCUCUCUCCUCUGCACUUAAACAAGCUGCUCCUCACAGGUUUUUGCUGCAGUCGAGAAUAUCCCCCUAUGGACGUCCACUGGCAUUUUCAAGAGUACAUUUUUGCCUUCUUUCUUUUUUUUUUAAUGCAUAAAGUUGAUGCAUAAAUUUUGUUAUCUUGUUGCAAGCUCACUGUGAUACCUCACUGUGAAAUGUUGAGAAUUAUCAGGUGUUGAUUAUUACCUCGAGGAUGUGAAUUUGGCUCUAAAAUUGCACGCUGGAUUGGACUCUCAAAGGAGAACAAAACGAUUAAAAAUUUUUUGUUUUUGCAUGAUGCAAGUAUUGGCUUUGUAUCCAUUUUACUUACCUUAAUUGUGUCUGCAUCCAUUGUCUUAUUUAGAUGUCCUUUGUUGACCUUAUAUUCACUUUUUCUUCCAAAUCCUCAGUGUAACCAUCCUUAGAACUUGAAGUGCAAUCCAGAAGUUAGUAUACAUCAUUAGUGUUUAUGAGAUGUCACUUUGGGCACUGCAAGAGCCUGCUACUAAAGUGAGUUCUACAGUCAGUUUGUACAUUAUAAUUUGUAUAGUUUGUGAUUUUUGGCUAACACACUGUACAUAUUGACAUUUGGUAUUAAAGUCCUAUUUAUUUCAAAUCCUGUAUGGCAUGUGUUCAGAUAACGAGUUUUAUGAUCAUACAGUGGUUACCUAUUGUGUUAUAUUGAAUUGUUAAAGUAAAUAAAGAUUGAGAAUAAUA